GCCCCUUUUCUGCAGUGAGCGCUGCUGUCAGCUGAAACAGCACUUCAUUGUGUCACUGGCAGUCCAGCCCAGCUACAACACACUGGUGGGGGGUGUUCAAUGAAAUAUUUUUAGAUAGCAUCAAAAAGAGAUUUAAAAAAGGCAGCAGGCGGAGAAAGAUGGUGACCCGGGAUGACGAGUACGAUUUUCUCUUUAAAGUGGUCCUUAUUGGUGACUCUGGUGUUGGAAAAAGUAACCUCCUCUCACGGUUCACACGGAAUGAGUUUAAUUUGGAAAGUAAGAGUACAAUAGGUGUGGAAUUUGCCACCAGGAGCAUCCAGGUGGAUGGGAAAACAAUAAAGGCUCAGAUCUGGGACACAGCAGGGCAGGAACGGUAUCGUGCCAUCACAUCUGCGUACUACCGCGGUGCUGUUGGGGCACUGCUGGUAUACGAUAUUGCCAAACACUUGACAUAUGAGAAUGUGGAACGGUGGCUGAAGGAGCUCCGGGACCAUGCAGACAACAAUAUAGUCAUUAUGCUUGUUGGAAACAAGAGUGACCUUCGCCAUCUCAGAGCUGUGCCCACAGACGAGGCACGGGCCUUCGCAGAAAAAAACAAUUUAUCUUUUAUUGAAACAUCGGCCUUGGAUUCAACUAAUGUAGAAGAGGCUUUCAAAAAUAUUCUGACAGAAAUUUACCGUAUAGUGUCACAGAAGCAGAUUGCAGACCGAUCAGCACAUGACGAGUCUCCUGGCAACAAUAUAGUAGAGAUCAGUGUACCACCAGCCCUCGAUGGACAGAAAUCAAAUAAACUACAGUGCUGCCAGAACCUGUGACUUUGUGAAGCCAUUGUCCCUUCUCUUCCAUGUGACCUCUGCUUCAUAUUAGACUUUUUUGUGCAGUUCCAUUACUGGCCACUAGGACAGUCACUCCCAUGGCAGUUGUACAAGUUAAAACAUUAUGGUUAAACUUACCCAUAUUGCACACCCGGAACAAAAUUAAUAGAUAUUCUUUUUUCAUUUAUUUGUAUAGCCCUGGCACCUCAAAACAAAUGUCAGCUAUAUAUAUUUUUUUCUAUCAUUCAGUUUAAGAUGAAACCCAUGCAGACUGUGUAUAAUUGCAAAGUUGCAAGUGUGUUAUGUGACUGUGGCACUAUCCUUUUGAUUUUCUGUACAGUGGUUGUCAUUCUUUAUAGGUGCCAUUCUAUGUUCAAUGCUGAUUCAAGACAGUUCCAUGGCUAUAGUGGUUAGGGGAGGAUCAUUUUUAGUAAUGUCGUAUCAGUUUGAGUAGCACUGAGCAGUAAUUUUAUAAAUGCUGUACUAGUAAGAAUUUUCCCUCAGCAGGUAAUUUGUAGUAGUAUUAAAGGCAUUAGCAGCUGUGUCUGAAUUCAUAGACUUUCAAUGUGUUAGCAGAGUUCGGAUUACAGUGGAAGACCUAAUCACACUGACUUUUUCAGGUUUCAUACCAAAUCCCUCCUAUCAAGUCAUUCAAGCAUGGUGCAAACAUACAUAGGUACCCACCUACUUAGCCACAGUCUUGUUAAAUUCUAGUGGUCCAGAAUGUAAACAUGUUGGGGAAUAAUUUCUGAAUGUCAUUUAUGCAGAGGAUUUUCCAAAGCAAAUAUUACUUGAAGAUAUUAAUCUUAAAAAAAAAAAUGAUACGUAAGCAUUAGAAUGUGCCAGGAAAUUACAGAGCAUGCUCACAGUUUUGUGGUGUCCAUGUUUUGUUUUAUUCUGAAGAACAACAGAUGCAAGGUCAUUAACAAAUAUGUUCUGCACAGGAAAUUAUAUUGUCCAUAUUAUAUAAAUGUUGUUUAAUGAUCUGCAAGAAGCAACAGAUUACAACAGUGUAUGUGUGUGUAUAUGUAUAUAUAUAUAUAUAUAUAUAUAUAUAUAUAUAUAUAUAUAUAUAUAUAAACACUAGGCUAUUGGUUGCUUUUUUUUUCUUAAUAACUAAUCUGUGUUUUGUUCAUUGAGAUAAGGAGAAACAGGAAUCCACAAUUUGGAAGCAACUGGAGUUGGCAACUUGACUUCAAAACAUGAAGCUUACACUGACCAGUCUGUCUGAGGAAAGCCAUAUGUUUUUUCAUGUCCACUUUUGCACCCUUAACUACAAGUUUGUUUUUAAGAACUUCGACUGACCAAGUGAAAGUAAUGCUGGAAUUAGUUAUUAAAAUAUUACUUACCUUCUCAUUAAAUAUAUCUAACUGGUUGCUGUAA